GCAUUUCUGAAGUCAUCGUUAGCUCAACGAGUUCACACUCUGACGAGAAGAGAUCCAUUUAAUCGGCAGGAGUCGAUUGCUGUUGUGGUGGUCAAGUAGUCGUCGUCGUCGUCAUGUUGAUUCUCGUCCUUCGUCUGGCGGUGGCCGUGGUGCAGGAGAUAUUUCGGUGGGAGUGGCUCUACUAUGCCGGGAUUAUUGCGGGCGUCCUCUUCCUCAUCUCGCUCUGUGACGAGCUAAAUGACCGAUUCAAGCGGAUCCCGUUUGGGCCCAUGCGUCUCCCCAUAAUCGGGAAUCGGGUCCAGCUCGCCCUUUACGGUGGGAAUCGACCUUACGUCGCCAUCACGCGAAUGGGACGCUGGUACCGGAGCGGAUUCAUGAAAGUCUUCAACGGAUUGAGUGGAUAUGUGUCGGUAAAUGGGGCGCAGCGUUUGAGUGAGGUUCUCCACAACGAUGACGAGUGGGCGGGAGAGCGCGACGAAGUGUGGCGCCUGGACAGGACGGAGACGGAAAAGCGGUCCACGAGUUCCCUCGCCGUUUGGGUGUCGCGUCGAAACACGGCGACGAGGUGUUUGGAAAGCAUCUUACUCUCGAGAAAGGAAGCCUUAAACGGGCUGAUUUCCAAGCAAGUGAACGACCUCCUCGUAGGCAUUGAAAGUCAGGAGAGAGUCGACAAACUGGGGAUGAGAGAAAUUGGCGCAGAUACUUUUCUACCCUAUGUCAUCUCCUCCGUGUGGUCCGUCCUCACUGGCGACGUGGGGAUCGAGGUCACGGACCGUCGCGUGCAAACGAUUCACCGCUGUUUGAAAGAUUGGGAAGAGAAGGGGGUUAAACUAUCGGCCUGGAGUGACCACUAUCCUUUCAUGGUGCGCUGGUUCCCCGGUUGGGCAGGCUGGAACAAGCUGCAAGAGGUCAACCACGACUUUAGGAAGGUUUUAAAGAGUCUCAUCAAGGAGCAGUACAAGAAGGCCGAGAAGGGUAAGCUCAAUAACGAGCUCAGCUACGUGCAAGCUUGCAUCCGUGAGUUUAAAGAGCUCAGAAAACAAUCCUUCGGCUCGGAACAGAUGAAUGAUUCAUCCUCGAUCGCCCUCUUGUUCGAGUUCCUAUGUCCUGGACCCUUAAUGACGUCCUCCGCCGUGGGUUUCUGUCUCUCGUACGCCGCUCGAGAUUCGGCAGCGCAGGAGAAGAUCGCCGCCGAGAUCCGGACCGUGACUCGUGGAGUUGAGGGAGAUGUGCCGAAAUGGGAAGAAAUGGAAAAUAUGCCCUUCACUGCUGCCUUCAUUCUCGAGUCGUACCGCAUCUCGAGCGUCGUUCCCCUCGAGAGGAGGAAACUGCUCAAGUUGGUCAGGUCAGGAGAAGGGAUACGAUUCCCCAGGGAAAUGCCUCUCCUACUGAAUUAUCACAGUGCGAAUAUGGACCCCAAAGUGUGGGAUGAACCAGCAGUAUUCAAACCGGAAAGAUUUUUGGACGCCUCAGGCAAACGUGUUGUGGGGCAGGACAGAUUGAUUUCGCUCGAAGCUGAGAAGCACUUAUGCGCUGGUGAACCACUCCUGCGCAUGAUCCUCUUCUCCUUCUUGACCGGAACGCUGGCCAAGUGGAGGUUGGACGUGUCCCCCAACUGGAAGGACAAGGGGUCCACGUAUGGCCUCCUCAAUAAACCAACCCCCUUCAGAGUCGUCCUCAAACCAAGGCAGCACAACAAGUCUCAAUAAUACGACGGCUAUCAUAAAUAUCUACAUAAUUCUAGGCACUAUAUCCCCCCACCAUUAGGAUUACCCCCCCCCUCGAUGCUAUCCGAUUUUAAUUACAUUAGUGUCAAAAUUUGUGAGCAAAUGUUGGGAACCCUCAAUUGUUAGCUCCAUAUUUCUGACCAUAUUAUAAAAAAUGAACGCCCAAGAAAUCGACCACCGUUUGCAUAAUGAAUGACAAGCAUGUACAUACAUACAACAGGGUCGUCCCUUCCUUCCUCCUCUUUUCUGACACUCUCUUUAUUUUAACAAGACUCUCUGGUGAGGAAGACAAAAAAACGAGCAAGUAAUAAAAUAAACUACUCCAUCAGACUAUACAUUCGACGACGACUUGGAUAUGUAAUGUACCGAUGAUGAUAACUAUGUACACACAGCUAAAUAACAUGCCAAACUUAUAAACAUGACGUGCUAUGUAUUUAUGUGUACAUCAUUUUCUCUAAAACCACCACCGCACACACUAACAUAACUAACAUAAUUACUCCUCAAUUUGUACCCAGACACACAAAAAAACACACACCCAUAAAAUAAUAAUGUAAUUAAGUAAAAUAGUUAACUAGUCUGAUGAUGUAUGUGUAGUGGACUGGAAUUUAAGGAGGAUGACACAAUAAAAAUAUGUAGUAAUCCA